AAUUUCUAGGGUUCUGUCUAAUUACCCCAAAGUUCCCCUCAAAAUUCCCCCCUUUCACCCCCAAAAAAUCCUCAGCCAUGGAUCCCGCCGGCGUAGCAUCGGAAUCCUCAGUCCGCCGCCCUAAAAGAGCUUCUGCUGUUGCUUCUGCCUUCGGAGCUCCGACCAAAUCGACGGGCUCGACUGAACCAGAGUUGGGCUACGGCGACGGAUCGUUCGGCGAUUUCGAGGAUCUCACGCCCAAGGCCAAGCGCAAGCGCGGACCCAAUGUCAGGGCUUUAGGGCUAGAUGACCUCACCUUGAUCGAUAUUGUCAAAUCGAAUGGUAGGUUGAUUCCGCAUGUGGUCAAGCGAUUAGUUGAGAAGUAUGAAUCAGAUGCGAAAUCUGUACUCGCUGAGAUUCUAAUGAUGCUAUUUGAGGCUUGCGGAGCAAAGUAUCAACUUGAUGUUGCUUCUCUUGACGAGACAGAUGUCGAUGAUGUGGUUGUGUGUUUAGUGGAUUUAGCUAGAAAUGGUGAAGUGGAGGACAAUUACAACUCAAAGCACAAGGACCUUAAAAACUUCAAGGAAAACCUUGCUUUAUUCUGGGAUUGUCUGGUUCUAGAGUGUCAGAAUGGACCUCUGUUUGAUAAAGUUCUUUUUGAGAAAUGCAUGGAUUAUGUUAUUGCAUUGUCAUGCACCCCUCCACGGAUAUAUCGUCAGGUGGCCUCCCUGGUGGGUCUACAACUUGUAACAUCCUUUAUUACUGUUGCUAAAAUGCUUGGUGGCCAACGGGAAACUACUCAAAGGCAGUUAAAUGCUGAAAUGAAGAAGAACAGUGACGGGCCUCGUGUGGAAUCAUUGACCAAAAGGUUAUCUUUGACACAUGAAACGAUUACCGUCACUGAGGAGAUGAUGCGUAAAAUAUUUACAGGACUGUUCAUGCACAGGUAUCGAGAUGUUGAUCCUGACAUCAGAAUGUCAUGCAUCAGAUCUCUUGGUAUCUGGAUUUUAUCAUACCCCUCACUAUUCUUGCAGGAUUUAUACCUAAAAUAUCUUGGUUGGACAUUAAAUGAUAAAAGUGCAGCAGUUAGAAAGACUUCUGUCCUUGCCUUGCAAAAUCUUUAUGACGUGGAUGAUAAUGUGCCGUUGCUUGGGCUUUUCACUGAAAGGUUUUGCAACAGAAUGAUUGAACUUGCUGAUGAUAUUGAUAAUUCGGUUGCUGUGACGGCCAUAGGACUUCUAAAACAAUUAUUGCGACAUCAGCUACUCACUGAUGAUGAAUUAGGACCUUUGUACGAUUUGCUUAUUGAUGAGCCACCCAUGAUUAGGCGUGCAAUUGGUGAACUUGUAUAUGACCACUUGAUUGCUCAAAAUAUUAAAAGUUCCCAGUCAGGAAAUAAAGGUGGAGAUACUGAAUCUUCAGAGGUUCAUUUGGGAAGAUUGCUACAAAUACUACGAGAAUUUCCUGAUGAUCCAAUAUUAAGUGGUUAUGUUAUUGAUGAUGUUUGGGAUGAUAUGAAGGCCAUGAAAGAUUGGAAGUGUAUUAUCUCAAUACUUCUUGAUGAAAAUCCAUUGAUUGAACUUACUGAUGUGGAUGCAACCAACCUUGUCCGUCUGCUUCGUGCGUCUGCCAAGAAGGCUGUUGGUGAGAAGAUUGUUCCUAUAACAGACAAUAGAAAGCCCUACUAUACAAAAGCUCAAAAGGAAGCACUUGAAAAUAGUAGAAGGGAAAUAACUACUGUCAUGAUGAAAAGGUACCCACAGCUUUUGCGGAAAUAUAUAGCAGACAAAGCAAAAGUCUCGUCGCUGGUUGAGCUUGUUUUGCUUUUGAAACUUGAGCUUUUUUCUUUGAAGAGGCAGGAGGAGAAUUUCAAGUCCAUCCUGGAACUUAUAAAUGAUGCUUUCUUCAAACACGGUGAGAAAGAUACACUGAGAUCUUGUAUUGCUGCUCUGAGUUUUUGUUCCAUUGAAAGCCAAGCCGACCUUCAAGAUUAUGCACAAAACAAGCUGAAGGACCUUGAGAAUGAGUUGGUAAUCAAGCUAAAAUUAGCUAUGAAAGAAGUAGCGGUGGGUGAUGAUGAAUAUUCCCUUUUGGUUAAUUUGAAGCGGCUGUAUGAGCUUCAACUGAAAAAAAGUGUUUCAAAUGAUGGUUUAUUUGAAGAUAUGGCUAGCAUCCUUAAGGAUAUGAAGGACUUAGACAGUGAGGUAGUAGCCUUUCUUCUUCUCAACAUGUACCUGCAUGUAGCCUGGUGUCUGGAGUCUGUCAGUGGUGAAAAUCCAUCAGAAUCUUCUGUAACAUCACUGUUAUCCAAGAGAGUUACCCUCUUUGAACAGUUAGAAUACUUUGCUGACACCUUGUCUAAAAUCCAAAAGAAAGGAAGAAGUGAAAGCGUGCUUUCAUACAGAGUAUGCGGCAUACUUUCUGAGGCUUGGUGCUUGUUCAAAAAGUCAAAUUAUGUGUCCACAAAGCUCGAAUGUUUAGGAUAUUGCCCAGAUUUAUCUACUCUACAAAAGUUUUGGAAGCUAUGUGAACAACUGAUUAAUGUUUCAGAUGAAACGGAAGAAGAAGAUGCAAAUGAGGAAUAUAUUGAAGAGAUCAAUAGGGAUGCAGUUAUUAUUGCUGCUGCAAAGUUGGUUGCUAGCAAUACUGUACCAAAGGAUUAUCUGGGUCCAGAGAUCAUUUCACAUUAUGUGAUGCAUGGAGCUAGCAUUGCAGAGAUUAUCAAAAAGCUGAUUACAGAUAUAAAGAAAUCUGCAAGUGAUGAGAUCUAUAUACUAUUUUUGGAGGCCCUCAAAAGGGCCUACAAUCGUUAUAUGGUGGAUCUCUCUGGUUUUGGUGAUGAAUCCUUGGCAAGCAAGUCAUUUUCGGAAUGCAAAGAUUUGGCAGCUCGACUCUCUGGAACAUUUGUUGGUGCAGCUCGCAACAUUCACAGAUCAGGCAUUUUAAAAAUUGCCAAGGAUGGAAUUUCAUUUGCUUUUAUUGAUGCCCCAAAGCAGCUGUCUUUUCUUGAAGGAGCUGUUCUUCCAUUUGUAUCAAAACUACCAGGAUCAGAUGUUUUAGACAUUUUGGAAGAAGUCAAGAGAAGAUCAGAAAAUGUGAACACAGAUGAAGACCCUAGUGGCUGGCGUCCAUACUAUACAUUUGUCAACCAAUUACGUGAGAAAUAUGCAAAGAACGAAGUCCUGCCAGAGGAGAAAGAAGGCAACAUUGUAAGACGAAGAGGCCGUCCAAGAAAGACGACUAAUUUACCAGGUAAAAAACUGUUUGAAGCACAAAGUUCCAGUGACGAAGAUUCUAUCAAUGCAUCAGAGCAGAUUGAACAGGAAGAGAAUGAUGAUGAAGAGAACCAGCCACUUAUUCACUCAUUUAGGUCAUCUGCUGCAAAGCUAAGAUCAUUGAGAGUGCCGCAACAGGAAAAUGUCCAAGUGGGAACUUCAAGAAGCGCGGGGAUCAAUGCCAAAACAGGGACUGCUGACAGAGAAUGAUUGUGGUGUACCAUCCUCUGAGAGGAAGAUUAUAGUUAUGUUUGUAUAACGUGCUUCGUG